CUUCUGGGGGGAGAAGGAAGGCCAGCGCCCUCCAGCAACAUGAGUUGGCUCAUUCUAGCCCUGGUUCUCGGUUCUCUCGCAGGGGUCCAAAGCCGGAACCAGGAAGAGAAGCUUCUCCAAGACCUGACGGCCAAUUAUAAUCGCGACUUGCGUCCCGCUAAGCAGGAAGGUGACAUCAUCAACGUGACGCUCAAACUGACCCUCACCAACCUCAUUUCGCUGAAUGAAAGAGAGGAGGCACUCACAACCAAUGUCUGGGUAGAAAUGCAAUGGCGUGAUUACCGCCUCCAGUGGAACCCAGAUGCUUAUGACAACAUUAAGCGUCUUCGGAUCCCUUCCACUUCGGUGUGGCUGCCAGACAUUGUCCUGGAAAACAAUAUCGACGGGGUGUUUGACAUCACACUGUACUCCAAUGUCUUGGUGUCUCCAGAUGGAUCCAUUUACUGGUUGCCCCCAGCCAUUUACCGCAGCACCUGCUCCAUCAUCGUCACUUACUUCCCCUUCGACUGGCAGAAUUGCUCCAUGGUGUUCCAGUCCCAGACAUACAGUGCCCGUGAAAUCAAUCUGCAGCUGGCAGUGGAAGAAAACCAGACGAUUGAAUGGAUAUUCACUGACAAAGAAGAUUUCACAGAGAACGGGGAAUGGGCAAUAAAGCACCGGCCAGCCAAGAAGGUUGUGAAUGCCGAGCGCUUCACGAUGGACGACAUCAGCUACCAGCAGAUCAUCUUCUUCCUCAUCAUCCAGAGGAAGCCGCUCUUCUAUAUCAUCAACAUCAUCAUUCCCUGCGUCCUCAUUUCCUCUGUCGCCGUGCUGGUGUACUUCCUGCCCGCCAAAGCUGGCGGACAGAAGUGCACUGUAUCCAUUAACGUCCUUCUAGCCCAGACUGUUUUCCUCUUCCUGAUUGCAAAGAAAGUUCCAGAGACAUCCCAGGGGGUGCCACUCAUUGGAAAGUAUUUAACCUUCCUUCUGGUGGUCACCAUCGUCAUCGUUGUGAAUGCUGUAAUUGUACUCAACGUAUCUCUGAGGACUCCCAACACCCACUCCAUGUCACAGCGCGUCCGGCAGGUUUUCCUGUGCCUAUUGCCACAUUACUUGGGUAUGCACAUGCGGCGUAACAACCAGCCUGCCGAGACUCGGCUCAUUCGGCGAAGGAGCUCGCUGGGCCUCAUGGCGAAAGCUGACGAGUACAUGCUGUGGAAGGCACGGAGUGAACUCCUCUUCGAAAGGCAGAAGGAGCGCAUUGGACUGAUGAAGUCUUUCUUAGCAAAGAUCAGAGGAGGCUUGGAGAACGGCUGCCCCCAGGAGCUUUGCAGCAGCCUGCGCCACGCAGCUCCAGAAAUCCAGGCUUGCGCCGAUGCCUGCAACCACAUCGCUAAGACUUUGCAAGAGAAAAACGACUUCGACAGUGAGAAUGAAGAGUGGAUCCUGGUGGGAAGGGUCAUCGACCGAGUCUGCUUCCUCGUCAUGGCCUCCAUCUUUGUGUUCGGGACUGUCAGUGUUUUCCUGAUGGCCCAUUUUAACCAGGCACCCGAUCAGCCUUUCCCGGGGGACCCCAACCUGUACCUGCCCUUGGAAUGACGGGGUUCUGCCCUGGACAGAAGAAAUUCAUCAUUCCAGAUGUCACAUGCCCUGGCUUGUUGUUGCCAUUUCCCGCUGCUUUCUAAAGAAUGUGUCUGCAACUCCUUUCCUAUGAAUACAAGUGUCAUGUCCUACAGUUGUAUCAACCACGGGCUUCUUUCAAAUACAUGUUUAUGUUUAUGAUUCAUAUCCAAGCCACUGAUCCUCUGAGCCCCUUUUUCUUAUUAUUUUGAUGGAUGUUUGAUUGCUGUUAAUGGGAAAGUCCAAACAGGAGUGAGGCAUUUGUAAUGCAAAUGAGCCUUCUGGCCCUCAUUCACUUUAGAGAGCAAGAACCAUGUUAAGAGUCAUGGCUGCUAGCUCACUGUACUCUCUGGUACCAGCUCCUACUAACAUCUCUUCCAUGAGCAGGGGGUCAAGUUGCCCACCAGCCAGAUAUUAAAAGGUCAAGCCAGAAUUCUACCAUCUUUGCCAGCUGCCAGAACUGGAAGAUGUUAUGCCAGACAAUAACAAACUGGCUGAAUGUUUUGUGCUGUUUGGUGAACGUGCGUAGGCGUUUGUCGUGUUUAACCAUCUGAUAAAGUGGACCCUGGCUCAUAAAAGCUUUGGCCAUGGCCAUAAUAAAUGUGUUUGUUCUUAAAGUG